AAAUGGCUUAUGUAGAUUUUAAAUGAUUUGAUAUUUACAACUGUCCAGAGUAUACAUGUAAGCACAUAACAUUUUAUUAAAUGUGGAGAUCCAGAAGUUAUUAAAAUGAAGUCAUGCAGCAAGAUUUUGAUAACACAUCUAAUUUUGAUAACACAUUGUAAUUGCCUUCCCAAGUCUAUUUUCAAGGAAAAAGGUAUGGUGAUAGUGUUGUUUUGAAACCCCAAAGAUACAGCUGCUUAAUUUUUCCAUUUCCAUAACAAUGUGCCAAGUGUCCCCCAUUACAGCUUGGGGGAUGAGUUCUUUUCAGGAUUAAUGACAGAUCUGCAUUUUUGGGGAUCCUUUUUUGAUCCUGCAGUCACCUGGAACAAUCACAUUGAAGAUAAGAGCACUGUGAUCAUAAUAUAUGAAGAUCUGAAAGGGAACCUGACUGCCAGUGUAAAGCAGAUAGCUGUGUCCUUUGGAUUCUCACCGACAGCUGAACAGAUCCAGGCCAUUACAGGAAGGCACUCUUUCCAGCCAGUGAGUGUUAAAGCUCAGGAGACUCAUGAUGCUGUUGUUAUUCUUUUCCAUAAGGGUGUUCUUGGAGACUGAAAGAAUGUUUUUGCUGAAGCUCAGAGCCAGAAAUUGGCUACCAAAUUCAUGGUGUGCUUAUAA